UCUUUACUCGCAUUCCCGUCAAUUCGAUUAAAAAGCUCAAACACUAAUUUACCAAUUGAACAAAAACAAAUUCUACGCUCAAGAAAAAUUGUUUGAGAGAAUUGUCGUUUCAGUUGAUAUCACGGUGUCCAGACUACAUGAUCGGAGAAUAAAACUUUACGGCAAUUUCAGCAGAGAACUAAACAAAGCAGAUCAUUGCAUUAUUAGCUUUAGAACUGUCUGGAUGUAGUUCGCGUUCAAUCCCCAGACAAUUCAAUAAGAAUUUUAAAUGUGAAAAACAAAAUUAAGAAAAAAAAGUGCAAAAUUGAUUGAUAAAAAGUUCAAGUCAACAAAAUGAAAUUUUAAACAAUACAAUUGCGUGACGAAACCGAUAAAACUGUGACAGUUUUAAUGAACUCACAGCUGAUUUGUUUGAUGUCUUCCGACAACUAAGUACGUCAAUUAGUGGAUUUUCUCUCGAACUUUUGUGCUGAAUGAAACUUUGCUAUUGGUUACAAAUAAUUCAACAUUGAAUCCCUAAGUGAUACAGUUUCAAGCACAAUUAGCUGAUUAACACAUGUGACGAUUUUCACAAGAAAAAAAGAAAACAAAUCUCAGUGUGUGGAUGUAAGUGACGAGUGUUUUGUAUCGAUGACCGAAUGAUAAGAAAUAUAUCAUCGCCUUUAAGUUUAUUGAUAAGAAAAUAUUUCGUGAUAACAUGAGGCAUUACUUUAAUAUAUAAAUUCCAAAUAAGUUAACAAUAAUCAUAAAUGAUGUAAUCAGAAAUAUGUGAGAAUAAAAUUCCGAAUUAUCAACAUAGAAUAUUAAAGAUAAAAGUGAUAAGCUGUCUGUGGAUAAUCAUCGGACGUACGUGAAUGUAAAAUCGCAUUGAGUAGCAUUAAAGUCAAUUUAUGUCAAUUGCUACAAUUGCAGUCUGCAGUUACAUAAUAAUAAUUCACGUAAAUCGUCCCACAAAAUCACCUAAUAAAUAUCAACAUAAAUAAAUGAACUUCAAAGUGAUAAAGUUUGAUCGUGACUAAACAGACUCAAUUAGAAGUUGCACAACGUGGAAGUAUUUCUAAAGUUGUAAAACGUCUAUAAUUAAUUAAGCUGGUUCUGAGAAGAAUACAAAUGCAAUGCAUCAUUAAAUGUGAUAUUAUCUAAAGUUUCAACUGACCCACAAUGGAUUCGCAAACGAACGCACUCUAUGACAAUGAAAACUUUCCGAAAUACGGCGUCUCAGAACUCACAUUUAAUGCACUCAACAAGACGCCAAAACCUAAACCCAAAUCGCUUAGAGAUAAAAAGUUUGUCAUUGUGCCAGCAGGUUCGAUGGAAUCUGGAAAAGGAAUUGAAACUUCCACAACUCCGUUCUUGUCACCAUCAACAAGUUUCUCAAAAUCUAAAAGUCAUAUCAGCAUGAGAGGUCAUAGAUUAGGUGAACCUUCUGUGACUUCAUCUAACCCCAACAUAUUUAUGGGUCCAAAAUAUGUGCAUCUGGCAAGAUCUGGCUCGUAUAUAUUUAAUGAUAAUGGAUCAACGCGAGUAAUCUCCGAUGCUUCUUCGGUUAGAUCGCUUGUAUCAAUCGGAAUGGGUUCAACUGAUGGCCGUCGAAUGGUUAUUAGGAGGGUUCCAAACUCACCAUCUGAAUUACUCAGCUACAUCAGCCCACCAACACCACCUGAAGAUCUUUUCGACAAUGAAAGUUUCGAUAAUUCAGAUUGUGUCGAUGACGACAAAAAUCUCAAACCACGAAGGCAGUAUUGGACAAGUAAGAUGCAGUUUGUUCUGGCUUGUAUCGGAUAUUCUGUUGGACUGUCAAAUGUUUGGAGGUUCCCAUACAUCAUGUACAAAAGCGGGGGAGGCGUUUUCCUAUUGCCAUAUUUCAUAACACUUUUGAUUUGUGGAGUUCCAUUGCUCUUCAUGGAACUUUCGAUUGGCCAAUUCACAGGACGCGGAGUGAUCGGAGCGAUUGGGCAAUGUUGUCCACUGUUCAAAGGUGUUGGUCUUGCCAGCGUGAUUGUUUCAUUUUUGAUGUCAUCUUACUACAGCGUCAUCAUUGCUUACUCAAUUUACUUCUUCUUCACAUCAUUUCGUUCCGAACUGCCAUGGACUGGAUGCAUCAAUCCAAGAUGGACAACGCCAGAUUGUUGGACACUUCAAAGAAAGAUGAUGAAUCUUUCACGACCUGACAAUCCGCAAACACCCACUGAAGAGUUCUUUCAAAAUAAAGUUCUUCAAAUGUCGGAGGGAAUUGAAUAUCCCGGCGCAAUCCGAUGGGAUCUUGUUGCAUGUUUGGUUUGUGCUUGGUUUCUCGUGUACUUUGCAAUCUGGAAAUCAAUCAAAUCAUCAACAAAAAUUCGAUACUUUACAGCAAGUUUUCCUUUUGUUUUGAUUAUCAUUUUCCUCGCACGAUCUUUGACACUUGAAGGUGCUGAGAAAGGCUUGCAAUUCUUCUUUAGACCGAAUUGGAGUGAGUUGACCAGUGCAAAUGUGUGGAUUAAUGCAGCCGGUCAAAGUUUCAAUUCACUUGGCAUCGCAUUCGGUUCGAUGAUCUCAUUUGCAAGUUAUAACAAAUACAACAACAACGUUCUUCAUGACGUCGUCGCGGUGUCGUCUGUUAACUUUUUAACUUCGAUGCUGGUUGGAAUCUUUUCCUUUGCGACUAUUGGCAACAUAGCUUAUGAGCAGAAUCUUCCGAUCAAUAAAGUCAUUGAAGACGGUCCUGGAUUGAUCUUCAUUGUUUACCCUCAAGCUCUAGCACGAAUGCCAGCACCUCAACUGUGGUCAGUGUUGUUCUUCUUCAUGCUUCUCUGUCUUGGAUUAAACUCUCAGUUUGCUAUUGUGGAAGUUGUCGUGACAUCGAUUCAAGAUGGUUUUCCAAAUUGGAUUCGACAGAAGCUUGUUUAUCAUGAGAUUCUCGUUCUCAUAAUCUGUGCAAUUGCUUUCUUCUUCGGACUUCCAAACAUCAUUCAAGGUGGAAUUUACUUCUUUCUACUCAUCGAUCAUUAUGUGGCUUCGAUUACAGUUCUCUUCGUGGCAUUCUUUCAAAUUGUAGCGAUUUCUUGGUUCUAUGGAAUCACAAGACUUAUGAAGAACAUUAAAGAGAUGACGAGUAAAAAUCCAUCAGUUUACUUUAGAUUUUGCUGGUUUAUUGCAGCACCAGCUUUGCUACUGGGAAUUAUGAUUCUUGCAUUGAUCAAUUACCAACCUUUAACAUAUCAUAAUGGAACUUAUGAAUAUCCAUUCUGGGCACACAUAAUUGGUUGGGGCGUUGUCAUAGCCACAAUACUUUGCAUUCCAGCUUUCGCCAUCUUCAAUGUUUAUAACAAUGAAGGAAGUUCACUUUGGGAGAGAAUUAAAAAUACCGGAAAACCAAAUAUUUAUGAAUGUAAAAUAUGUAAGGAACAUCAUUGUGAACAUGACUUUCCUGAAGACGUUAGUAAUGAUGAACAAAUGUUUCGAAGUCCUUCGAUUGUUCUUCAACCACCACCUUCUAAAAGAAGCUUAAGAAGUGAUGAGAAAAAUGUGAAUGGGACUGUCAAAAGUGAUGACAAGCCAACAAGCAGUAAAACUUUGAAAGUUCCUGAAAUUUAACAAAUGACUUUGAAUGUUUUGUAGAAAUAAAUUGAAUGUCGAUCGUUGUGGCAUUAAUAGAGGUUGUGAAAAGAAUCUGAAAUUGGAAACUUGUUUUUGUUGUGUUUUAAAUAAAUUAGAAAGAUAAUCAUUUAAAA